ACCGACACGCUCAGUCCUACCCUGGGGAGUUCUGUCCAAACUAUGGCUGAAUGUGAGGAGGUGGUUUCUGCCGAGGGGACACCUGCUGCAGACAUGUACCCCAGGAAAAUACUGGAGUACAUGGAGGGAUUCCUGAUCUCCAAGACGGUGUUCACCUCCUGCGAGCUGGGCGUGUUUGAUGUGUUGUCGUCUGCAGAGCGUCCCCUGUCGGCAGAGGAGAUCAGUCAGGCGGUGGGCGCCAGUCUGGACGGCACAGAGAGGCUGUUGGCCGCCUGCACUGGCCUGCAGCUCCUCAACACACACCGUGACAACGCACAAGUGUUUUACAGUAACACGGAGCAGGCCAGUGUCUUCCUCACCCGCUCCAGCCCUCUGUCCCUCUUCCAAUCCAUCCAGUACUGCUCCAGAACCAUCUACCUCUGCUGGCACCAUCUCACUGAUGCUGUCAGAGAGGGAAAAAACCAGUAUGAAAAGGCUUUUGGAGUCAGCUCAAAAGACCUGUUUCAAGCUCUCUACAGGUCUGAUGAGGAAAUGGUGAAAUUCAUGCACUUGAUGAACUCUAUUUGGAACAUCUGUGGUAAAGACGUGAUCACGGCCUUUGAUCUUUCGCCUUUUAAGGCCAUCUGUGACCUUGGAGGCUGCAGUGGAGCAUUAGCCAAGCAGUGCACGUCAAUCUACCCAGAAUGCACUGUGACCAUCUUUGACCUCCCCAAGGUGGUGCGUAUGUCGAAGGGACACUUUGUCAACGAGGCUGACCAGAGGAUAAGCUUCCACGAGGGGGACUUCUUCAAGGAUCCUCUCCCAGUGGCUGACCUCUAUAUUCUUGCCAGAAUCCUUCAUGACUGGACAGACGAACGCUGCAUAGAGCUGCUCCUUAGAAUCUAUAACGCCUGCAAACCAGGCGGUGCUGUGCUGCUAGUGGAGGCGCUUCUCAAUGAGGACGGCUCUGGGCCUCUGACGGUGCAGCUCUACUCCCUGAACAUGCUGGUGCAGACGGAGGGCAGAGAGAGGACAGAUGCUCAGUAUGCUGCCCUGCUGGCAGCUGCUGGCUUCACCAACAUCCAGCACCGUCUCACUGGGAAGAUCUAUGAUGUGGUUAUGGGUUGCAAAGAGGCGUGAGAGAUGAAGAGAAGUAGGUGAUGCUCUCAGGCAUCUCCAGACUGAAGACUCAUCUAGAAGGAGAAAAAAAAGGACUCAGACAUUUUUUAAUUCACUCAUGCUCAAAUAAAGUUUUUUCUUAUUAAAAAAAGAAAAGAUAACUUUAUCUGCAGCAUUUUAGUACCACACCUGCUCUUAAAAUCAAUCUGUCAGACUCAUAAAAUGGUCGCAACCAGUUUAAUAUUGUGUCUUAUUGUAUUGAGAAGUUGGGCGUAGUUUGUUGUAUACUGCCCAAAAUCUUUGUCUUGUAUGUGUCUUGUAUGUGUUUCACACAUACAAAAAUAAAUAAAUAAAUAGAAUCAAAGAAUACCUUAUUUUGAG